AUGGCGGGCGGGUUUCCGUUGCGAAAAUGGGCCUCCAACUGCGAGGAGAUCUUCACCGGAGUCCCGCAGGAGCGUCUCCUCAAGGCUCAGCACACCUGGGAGGAUGAGCUCCAUCCCACCCUGGGUCUCCGAUGGCAUGAGCGCAACGACCAUUUCGCGUUCGCGAUCCAACCCCGCACGACGACCGAAUACACGAAGAGGCGAGUCCUCGCAGAGACAGCGCGUCUCUUCGAUCCGCUGGGCUCCAGUAAUUUCCGCGCUAAGAUCCUAAUCCAAUCCGCCUGGCUCCAAAGACUGGAUUGGGAUGCUCCGCUUCCAUCAUCCGAUGCCCAACAGUGGCACCUCCUCCUCGAGGAGCUUCCGCAACUCGAACAAAUACGGGUUCACCGCUGGCUUUGCACCGGAGAGGAAUCCUCAACCCUCCAAAUACACGGUUUCGCGGAUGCCUCUGAAAGAGGCUACGCCGCCGCCGUGAAUCUUCGCACCGUGACCGACGGCACCGCGACAAUCCACCUCCUAGCUGCAAAGAGCAAACGCCAAUAUUUCUAUGGUCAGACUCCAUGGUCACCCUCUACUGGAUUCAAGGACACGCCUCGAGGUGGAAGACGUACAUGGCCAACCGAGUCGCCCAGAUCCAGACGCUGCUCCCGGAGGCACGUACCUGGACGAGAAAACCCGGCUGACUGCUCAUCAAGAGGAAUAGCUCCCAGCGAGCUGGCACAUCAUCAGCUGUUGUGGACGGGCCCCAACUGGCUUCUCAAGGACGAACGCUGCUGGCCGGAAAAGAACCUGGAGGCUCCCAAGGGCGAACCGCCCGAGAAGAAAGCGUCCACGCACCACGCCGCCGCCAACGAAGAAUUUGAGCCCGAGGAGUUGCUCAGAUUUUCCUCUCUGCAACGGCUCCUCAGGGUGACAGCAUGUUGCCUUCGAUGGCGACGCUCAUCCGCUCACGAACAAAUUCCAGGCGACGCUACACCAAAGCCGGUUCUCAAACCGGCCGAGCUCGAUGAAGCACGGCAUCGAUGGCUCCGCGUGGUGCAGACAAUACACUACGCCAACGAAAUCACCGCUAUAAACGCCAACAGCAUCGUCGCCCACCGCAGCCCUCUAUCAAAGGUGAGCCCAUUCCGAGAUCACAACGGCGUGCUGAGAGUCGGACGGCGACUCAAGCACGCCAUUCUGUCAAACGACGAACGACACCCGAUGAUCACCCCAUCAACGUCAUGGCUAACUCGACUUCUGAUAGACUCAUGCCACCAAAGAACACUACACGGCGGAGUACAGCUCACGCUGGUGGAGGCCUGCCUAAAUUCAAGGCCACACCAUGCUUUAUCCGACGACACCGACGACUUCACCGCACUGACACCCAGACACUUCCUCAUCGAAGCCCCGCUUCUCGCCGCACUGGAGCCAUCGCUGACCGAACAAAGGGACACGCACAUAUCGCGAUGGCAACUGGUGCAAAAAUUGAGGGACCAUUUCUGGCAAAGAUGGUCCCGAGAAUACCUGCACGGACUUACCUCUCGACCAAAGUGGCUGGAACCCGAGGCGGCUCCCAACAUUGGCACGCUGUGCUUACUCCGCUCCGAGACAACCCCGCCAAGCCGAUGGCCCCUCGCCCGCAUCAUCAAGCUGCACCCCGGAGACGACGACAUCGUGCGCGUGGUGACCAUCCGGACACCCACCACAGAGCUCAUCCGACCACUCACCAAGUUCGUGUUGCUGCUCAGCAUCACCGAGACAUCACCGACCACAGAAAACCGCACUCUUGUAACUAGUUAUAAGAAAUAA